UUACUUCCGUUUGAAACUGAAACUAAAAAGAGGUGUACUUUCUGGUACAUGGUCAUAAGAUUAAAAUGCGGAUAAUGUUUGAUUCAUGAUGAUAGAACUAAGAAAAGUGUGCAACAUAGUGGUGGAUGCCGCUGAUUUUGUUGCACAGCGCCGACGCGAAAAGCGGCUGCCAGCAACAGCCAACGACACGGAACAUCCAAGAAUUUUGAACCAAGAAAAGAAUGGAAACAUAUUGUUUACGUGGGAUGAUGUCACGCAAAGCAGCAAGGGAGCAAUAUGUACUCAUGUGGGACUGUAUGACCCUAUCAAGAAGAAACAUGAUGUGGUAUGGAUUUAUAAUCAGAGAGUUCACAUUGUGUCAUGUUCUGUCAACCAAGGGAAAUCACUCUUAGCUUUUACCGUAUUAAACAGAGAGGACUCUCUAGCAGCUAAAUUACCAGGCAAAGACAUCUACACUGUGUUCCUCGCUGAGAUACAGGCCACCAGUACCAGAGUAUUCUCCCUUAAUUUGGAGAGACAGCAGUUCAUUAAAGUACAGUUCUUGUACGACAUCCAGGAAUCAGAUAGAGAGUCCCAUCUCAUCGUCAUGCUCCAUAGGGAAUCUGUUGGACUGUAUCACAUAAAGUUAGGCAGAGUAGGAGAAAAGGGAGUGGUGAUGAGAGACCAGCCGAGAACCGAGCAGCUGAUCAAGCGAUUCUUCUGGUGUCAGUGGGACGUGGUCCAUCAACGGUUGUACUAUCUACACUACGUCAAGCGUGGGGAGGGGGAGAGGGCCCGCAUUGCCCCAAGUGUGUCCUGUGUGCAGUUCUACCAGAACUCGCAGCAUGACAACAUUUUACAGAAUGAAAGCAUUUUGGAUAUUCCCAUAGAAUUUCCAUUUCCUCAUAUCAAAUCUACAUCAAAAGUCCAAUAUUCCAAUGAUAACUUGGACUGUGGGAUACCUGAUUCGUACCUCAAUAUGGUUGUUCUGACUCUGGCCAAUGGGACGUUCUGCAUCUGUUACCAGAAGAUGGAAACACCUUACACCAUAGAUCGGCGAUCACCGGUCAAACGAAGCAAAAAAUCGCCAGGACCAAAUCCCUCCCCUCUCAGUGUCCAUAGUUUAUCCGAGUCGGAUGAGGAAACUGCGGAUAUAAACUACUAUAUCUGUAUGGUGCAUCAUGCCAAAACCCUCCACGGUUGUGUCACUGGUCUACCUUACUCUCGUAAAUACAGACUCAUUUUCUCCUGGCAUGGUGAUUAUUUAAUGGUGAUGUUACCCGGUCAUUUUGUCCAUCUGCUGAAUGUAGGAAUCGAAUUCGAGCCAUGCCAGCAUAUCCUUCUACAUGAUCGUAGUAUUGAUUCAGUUCUAAGGAAUGGUGACCUCAAGGUCCCAGGAAGUAGGGAGUCACAUGACACUAGUCCUCCAAUCAUUGUUGAUGUAUCAUUGCUGUCUGUAGCUGCUAAAAAAAUGAGCUUGUCAAAUACUAGUUUACAUGAACUUCAAAGAGACUCACCAGCGGGCAUCAGUUUCUAUGACAACAGAACAGGUGAGGUGUGGAGGGUCCACGUUAACAUGGAGAUGCUGGUGCAGCUCUUCAUCCACUGUUACAUGUCCACCACCAGGGCGGCGCUGUUACACUACGUACUGACCAGGACCCGUGACUUCUUCCUGAUCAAACAGCUGUUUGAGAUGCUGAGCAAUGACAUUCCCAGCUGUGAGGUACCAGCACUGAUGGCCGAGUUUCUCAUAGCAACCACUUACUCCAGUAUGAGGCGGCAGUUUGACAGAGAAAUACUGAAGCUGGUCCCGUUCACAGCCUCCGACACGUUCAGAGGACAGUUUGAGAAGAGUUAUGAAGGGGAAAGAAUUGCGCGAAUCUCCUACUCCCUUUUGGCCUGUGUAAACAUUGCGUCUAAGUCGGCCAAGGACCGGACCCAGAAGCGGGGCAGUGUGGGCGAUGACAUGUGGGACAUUCUGAGGCACCACCUACGCUGGAUGCAGCUGGAGGAACUCCACCGGUUCUCCCACAAGUCUGUGAAAUCCUUGUGUGAGACCAGAGCCAAAGACCUCAAACUGAUGGGUGAAUCAAGUCAAGGAACUAAGACAGAGGACCAGUUAUUUUUCUCCUGUCUCCAUGGACACAAAUCUAGAUCUAGCAGAUCAGUUUCCCCUGCCCCAGGCAACCCUAACUUUAGCAACAGCAGUAUGAAGCGAGUGAGACCAGACUCAGUGCUAGGGACGGCUCCACCCUUCCUACAGGGGAACAGCAUAGCAGAACUGUCACAGAUGCCAUUAGAUGUGACUAAAGACUUGUUUACCAGUCACCUCUUCAAGUAUCUAAGGAAAGAGGCAAGGUCAAAAGGUCAAUCUGUUGCCAAGGAAUACAUUGCUUGCCAGGUUCAGCAGUCCCGACAACUCUGUCACCUCCUGUGGAAUCUUCGAGGUCCUCUGUUACCUUACACAGAUCUAGAUUUUCUCCCAAACCUGACUGACCCAUCCUCAGAUGAUGAGUAUGAGCUGUUCCAGCUAUUUGAGAGAUACUACCAAAUUUGUCAGGAAAUGUCAUUUCCUUUGCCUCAAGGAUUCAUAUCAUACUUUACAGCGCUUGGUUACCGCAAUCUGAGCACAAGCCUGUUUCUGCAGUAUGUGGACCAUGGAGUACUAAAUCUGACGGGGGAGUUUAUGGCUCAGGUCCUGGCAGAUGUAAGAGACACUCCAGAAGGGGUGAGGGUCAAACAACAGAUCAUAUCCAGGCUGCCCCAGAACUUGGCUGAGGAGUGUUACCGAGAAUGGAAUCACCCGGUGUGUCAGAGGUACUUCGCUCUCAAACAGGUGUCCCAGGCCAUUACUGAUAGCAGCAAUCAACAGGAGUCCAAGAGGAGUCUGUCAGAUCUGUCGUACAUGGCUAGAGACCGAUCGGAGAGCUCGAUCUCCGGUAACCUGUCGGAGACCUCCUUCCCCCCUCUGUCUUCCUUCUUACAUUACUUGGAGAAGAUGGACUCAUCCAAACGGAGCAGCUCCCAGAAUCCUCUGGACAUCAGCUUCCUGGCAGACGUGGCUUUGUAUCACACGAAGAAGGAGAAUAAGUACGACAUGUCCACGGUCAACUUCUAGUGCCACACUCAGCUACCCCCGACCCACCUCCUUCCAAUAAUGGUCCCUCCAGUUGGCAAGCAUUUAAUUGAUCAGUUAUGUAUCUUCGUAUAACAUUUCAAAGACAAUUUUUCUGCAAGAAUAAUGGACUUUUUAUGAAGUUUGUGCCAAUUUAUUUUUGUUGUCGCUAACAAUAUCAAUCCCAUGAAAGCCCAGUGUCUGUGAUACUUUGAAUGAAUUGUUUAAAUUAUACUAAGGGAAUCUGUGCAAUAUAAUAAAGAUUUGUUUUCA